UUCCGGAAGUGGCGUAUGACAUUUGGCAUGCGCAUAAAGAGGAAGAUAAGCACCAGCGUUUAGCCGACGGCAUUACAUUGUAAACAUUAACAAUCCGGACUGUUUCUUUUGGUCGCUGGGAUGGAAAUAUAAGUCGACCCCAGGGUGUGGGACCAAAAACUGCUCUUCAGUGCAUGGACGCAAAGCCAAUGCGCAGGGUCACCAGCGCACGCCAAGACGCCACUGGAAUGGACAUCACCAGCCGCUGUACCCUGGGGGACCCCAACAAGCUCCCAGAGGGGGUCCCCCAGCCGGCGCGCAUGCCCUACGUCUCAGACAAGCACCCACGGCAGACCCUGGAGGUGAUCAACCUUUUGAGGAAACACCGGGAGCUCUGCGACGUGGUGCUGGUGGUGGGCGCCAAGAAGAUUUAUGCUCACCGCGUCAUCCUGUCAGCCUGCAGCCCGUACUUCAGGGCAAUGUUUACUGGGGAGCUGGCCGAGAGCAGGCAGACCGAAGUGGUCAUCCGCGACAUCGAUGAGAGGGCCAUGGAGCUGCUCAUUGACUUCGCCUACACCUCACAGGUAACGGUCGAGGAGGGAAACGUUCAGACGCUGCUCCCUGCUGCCUGCCUCCUCCAGCUCGCUGAGAUCCAGGAGGCCUGCUGCGAGUUCCUCAAGAGGCAGUUGGAUCCCUCCAACUGCCUGGGCAUCAGGGCCUUCGCAGACACGCACGCCUGCCGGGAGCUGCUCCGCAUCGCCGACAAGUUUACCCAGCACAAUUUUCAGGAGGUGAUGGAAAGCGAGGAGUUCAUGCUGCUGCCCUCCAGCCAGCUGAUUGACAUCAUUUCCAGCGACGAGCUCAACGUGCGCAGCGAGGAGCAGGUUUUCAACGCUGUGAUGGCCUGGGUGAAGUACAGUAUCCAGGAGCGCAGACUACAGCUGCCUCGGGUCCUGCAGCAUGUCCGGCUGCCGCUGCUCAGCCCCAAGUUUCUGGUGGGCACCGUAGGGUCUGACCCCCUCAUCAAGAGCGACGAGGAGUGCAGAGACCUGGUCGAUGAGGCUAAGAACUACCUGCUGCUGCCGCAGGAGAGGCCGCUGAUGCAGGGCCCCAGGACCCGGCCGAGGAAACCCAUUCGCUGUGGAGAGGUCCUCUUUGCGGUGGGCGGCUGGUGCAGCGGCGAUGCCAUUUCCAGCGUUGAGCGCUACGACCCCCAGACCAACGAGUGGCGGAUGGUGGCGUCGAUGAGUAAGCGCAGGUGCGGCGUCGGCGUCAGCGUCCUGGACGACCUGCUAUACGCGGUGGGAGGUCACGAUGGCUCGUCGUACCUCAACUCUGUGGAGCGAUAUGACCCGAAGACCAAUCAGUGGAGCAGUGAUGUGGCCCCCACCAGCACGUGUCGUACCAGCGUGGGAGUGGCUGUCCUCGGUGGUUAUCUGUACGCUGUAGGGGGACAGGAUGGGGUUUCCUGUCUCAACAUCGUUGAAAGGUAUGACCCUAAGGAGAACAAAUGGACUCGAGUGGCCUCAAUGAGCACCAGGCGGCUGGGUGUGGCUGUCGCUGUGCUCGGGGGCUUCCUGUAUGCUGUCGGGGGGUCUGAUGGGACAUCACCAUUAAAUACAGUGGAGCGCUACAACCCUCAGGAGAACCGCUGGCACACCGUUUCCCCGAUGGGAACCCGGAGGAAGCACCUGGGCUGCGCGGUCUACCAGGACAUGAUUUACUCAGUCGGAGGAAGAGACGACACCACAGAGCUGAGCAGCGCCGAGCGAUACAACCCCAGGACCAACCAGUGGUCUCCCGUGGUGGCCAUGACGUCCAGACGGAGUGGGGUUGGCUUAGCUGUGGUGAAUGGUCAGCUUAUGGCAGUGGGAGGCUUCGAUGGGACGACGUACCUCAAAACAAUAGAAGUCUACGACCCCGAUGCCAACACAUGGAGGUUGUACGGAGGAAUGAACUACCGUCGGCUAGGUGGGGGGGUGGGCGUCAUCAAAAUGACUCACUGUGAAUCUCACAUAUGGUAACACCAAACCCCCCCGCACCCUCUCUCUCUCUCUCUCACACACAUACACAAACACGCUCACACUUCUCAUCACGUUGCAAUGGAUGGCUCUUUUCUCCAACUCCCGUGCCUAUGAGACGCUGUAGUUCACGCGUGGAUGAGAGGGCGACUUUGAACUGUAGCUCAUACCCCGACCACCACUCUCCGAAGUCACUGACUGUGGGCCCCACAUAGCCCCAUGUCUUCAUCGGUUGGAUCAGCAUGCACUAAUCCACGAGCCGAAGUAUACAAAUGUUACCAAAGCUUCCGGUUUUGUGAAGCACAGGCCUUUUCUGGGACAGCAUCUUGGUCUGGUCUGUUUGAUUGAUUGGACCUGCUGCUGGAGGAGAGUAUUUACAUUUUAGAGGUUGUUGCAGCAAUCCACCACCCGGGGAAGAAAUAUCCAAUUUUUUUGUUUUAAAUUUAAAAUGCCUGCCCCCAGAUUGCUGUUCCUGACCAGCCUUCAAUUGGUUAAAAUUGACUAAUCCAAACAGCCAGCUGAUGUUCGGUCCAUUGUGUGAGGCUGAGGAGUCAUUUGUAGCAAUAAAAAGGGGAAACUUAAAACAAAAACGCAUCAUUUUAUUCCUACGGCAAGAUGAGUGGCAUUAAAGCUAUGCUACUCGGCAUUCUUUUUCCCUUUUCUCUCUGACUGCUCCCAUUUGUUACACGAAGGUGCUAAAAGUUGUCAAUUCAAGGAUCAUCUCAACUCACCAGUGGAAAGAACUCACACACCCCGAUCAAGUGUUAUUUAUUUUUUACUAAUGUCAAAUGUUUUGGGGCCAAACAUAUUUUCUCAGAUUUUAGAUUUAGUAAAAAACCUUGUUUGUUAAAAAAAUGCAGAAAAAUUAAAUGAAAUACAAUGGUAGCAGGUUUAUUCAGAUCAAAUAUUUGUGAUUCAACACUAUUUCCUAAAUGCAUUAUUCACAGCGCGGAUUUGUUGUAUUGGAACAACACUUUUUGAAGAAAAUGCUGUGUGGAAAUGAAUGCUGUCUGAACUGAUGAAAUCCUAGAUUAUAAUUCUAACCCUUUUUAAAGCAAAGAAGAUUUCAAAAGCAAAAUGCAUUUUUUGGGGGCAUGCAGAGGAUCAUGAUUUAAAAAAUAAAAUAAUUUGCACAGAUUGAGGCUAUUUUUAUUCCAGCCAGCAGUUUAGAAUGCCGAUCACCCCAAGGCGUAAACCCAAUUUGGACAUGUUAGUUUUGAAAUAGCUGGACAUUUAUUAUUAAACUAAUAUUACACCAUUCUCUUUUUGAACGAUGCAGUAGUAUGUUCAUCCCAGUUUUUCAUUGAUUUGAUUCUUAACUGUAAAUGCAUUUAAUAAAGUAACAGCUCACACGUUU